AUCGUCAUUUCCGGGUUUUAUCACAGCUAAAAUUGACUCUGCGUAAGUGCAUAAGUAAUGACAGCAUAUUGUUGACAACCUGUCUUUUUAGUCACCUGUUUACUAUCGAAAGCGACCUCUCAUUAUCUUGAAAAGAUUCAGACAAAAUUUUUUUUGACAAGAUUUGAUAAUAUAGUACCAUUUAUACACACACACACGAUCAACAUGAAGUUAUACUGUAUUGCUGUGCUUCACAAAGGAGAAACAAAGGUCAAUCCAUUAGCUGCAGCACAUGAGUUGUCAUCGUUUGGAUAUUUUCAACGCAAAAGUGUACAAGAGUUUAUGGACUUCACUUGUAAAAUUGUGGCAGAGAGAACCGUUACUGGAUCAAGGGCAUCUGUUAAGGAACAAGAGUACAUUUGUCAUGUGUAUGUAAGAAGCGAUAGUCUAACUGGAUUAGUGAUAGGAGACUAUGAAUACCCACAAAGAGUGGCCCACACUCUUAUCAAUAAGGUUCUGGAAGAUUUUUCUACUAAGGUUUCCAAAUCACAGUGGCCAACAGCCAAUAAAAGUACAAUACAGUUUGCAGAAUUAGCAGACUACUUACAGAAGUACCAGGAUCCAAAGCAAGCAGAUGCAAUGACCAAAAUUCAGAGUGAACUAGACGAAACAAAAAUUAUAUUGUAUGAUACAAUAGAGAAGAUCCUAGAGAGAGAAGAGAAGCUCAAUGACUUGGUGGACAAGUCGGAAGGACUCAGCAUGCAGUCCAAAGCUUUCUACAAAACAGCAAGGAAAACCAACUCUUGUUGUGUAAUUUUAUGAGGCAUAUACUAGAACUACAACACUAGUCAGUAGAGACAGGAAGUUUAUUUUAUUCUAGUUGGACCAUUGCUAAUACAACAGAACAAAGAGUUCCUUCAACCAUUCUAAGGGAACUCACUUCUACAUCUGAGUGUAAAUAAAACAUUGUUAUUACGAGAAAAUCAGCAGUUUGUAGGUGUAUGUAUGCAAUACAGUAUUGUCACCUUGCAUAAAGAUAAUUUUUAUUUUUGCCUAUCAAGGAAUUCAUUUGCAAUCUUGUCAAAAUUUUGGACAGUUUUCUGUAUAAAGUUGAUGGUAUGUUUGUUAAACAUAUAGAUGUUUAUACAUGAAGUUUGACUAUUGUAACACGUUUUACAUGUGUUGUGUCUGAGUGUUAUUAAAUGGUGAUAUAUUUAUGAAAAAGAAGAUGUACCGUGUAACGUCAGAUUGUAUAUUGUGAUGUGAGCAAAAAGUGAUUCAUUGCAAAAUUUCUGUGAAAUAGGACGGGCAUUCCCAUAUUAAUCCUAAUAAAUUAUUAUAUAUGUAUUUUAAAUUCUUAUGAUAUUGUGUAAAAAUCAUUCAUCUCUCACAGUUUACACUAUUCAUUGAGCUUACUAAAGAAAGUCUCGUGUGGGGAGUCAAAUUAUGAAUUUGAUGCACCAUUGAAUGUGAACAUUGAUUCAACAAUGACAAAUCUACCCUGUGUUUUUCCAAGGGAAUCCAAUCUCUACCAAGAGAUUGUUAUGAAGUAUACUUUGUUUUUACUCAUCAUGAACCCAUUGUACACAAUUUGUUUUCGUCAUGGAUUACAAUUCAAUGUACAUAUGAUAUACUUUUAACAUAUUCACCUAUAUUAAAAAUCAUGGAGUUAUUUCUGUGAUUUUAAAACAAGUGCAUAUAUUUAUUUUCAAUCUCUAAACUUUUCUAUUUUCUGCUUUUCACGUUGCAAUUCUUGACAGAUUUAGUUCAUCUAAAAGGUGCUGUUAUGUCACGAUAUAUUUUUGUAUUGGAUAUAUACCAGAUUUUUGUAAUAUUUAGAUUGCAUACGAUAUGCCAUUUCUUGAAGCUAUUCAUUCAAAAUUUCAAAAAAGAAAUACCUAAUAGUUCCCUAAUUUAUCUUUCAAAAAGGAAUGUUAACUAGGAGUAGUUAUUUAUGUUGAAUGUGUUUUUAGAUGGUAGGUUUUGCCAGAAAUAAUGAGAUUAUCAUAUUAAAUCACUGUGACAUCAGUUAAGUCACUGGGUCUGUUGUACAGUCUUAAAUAAUUGUAGGCUGCUCAUUUGUGUUGUAGUUGAGGUUUUCUAUAAUUUGAAAAUCAACCAUGGAACACUUUUCGCGUCUAAUAAGAUCUGCAUAUUCUCUUACCACCAAUAAACCUCAAAAUAAUUUUCAUCUCCAGUUAGAUGAUACAUUCCAAAGCAAUCUGGAGUUUUGUGUUGUGUUUUGCCAACAAUUACAGGGUACCUAUCUUAUCCAGAUGAUCCUCUUUUGUAAAUUUUUGUGCUCCUGUGCACUAGUAUGGUUGUGUGCUUUAAGACCUUAAAUAAGGAAAGGGUGGAUGCUUAUUGAUUUGUAUGCAGUAAAGCUGUGAACUGUCUCUUGACAUUUUUUGUACACUGACAGAAGUAAUGAUUGGUGCCUACACACCAGGAUGGUGAUUACUGUUGAUAGAUUUCUUGCAUUCAAGAACAAUCAUUUGUAAUGUUUAUCUAUGUAUAAGAUUACACUCAUUAAAACUGAAACUUGUCAUUGUAUUUUAAAUUCAUACUUGUUAUGAUUAUUUAAAUAUCACUUUGUAUAUUAAUGAAUGAGAGUAAUAAACUAUGAGUAUGGAA